AUGAAUAGGCUCUCCAGUCCGCCACAGCUGCGAUUCAGUAUGGUUCUGUUUCCCGCGUGCGCGUCUCAUCAGGAGAUUCAGAGUAUGGCAGCAGACGGGCUGAAUCUUUGUUGUGUCGAAAUCAUCCUUGGCGGAGAGGGGGCGCACGGUAUAAUCACCGCAGGAUCUUCGAAGGUUCGGUCGGACGGCCGCAUCGCCACGAGCCAAGUGAAGCUUUUGGCGAUGCCUGGAUGUGUAGUCUGCGCUUUAAUGGGCGGACGAGGCCAGCACUGCGAUGAAUGA